CGAAAAGAGAAAGAGGAGUGUGUCCAAAAAAAAAAAAACAAAGAAAGAGGAGCGAGACGUCACCGACAUGGAGCUCUCGCCGCCGUCGCCGGCGCCGGCGCCGGAGGGGAGGUGGGCCGACCUCCCCGGGGACAUCGCCAUCUCCGUAGCUUCUCGCCUCCAACCGUGGGCGCAGGAGGCCGACGUGUGCGCGCUCGGCGGCUGCUCGCGAUCGUGGCGCCGCGCCUGCGACGCCGACUGCGUGUGGGAGGCCCUCUUCCGCCGCCGCUGGCCGCUCGCCGCCGCGGCAGGGGGAGGAGGAGGAGGGGAAGGGGAAGGGGCUUCUGGUGUCCAGGGUUGGAAAGCUCUAUACAUUAACCAUCAUAGAAGAACUGCUGUUGCUAUAUCUGGUGUGGCUGAAUUUGUGGAGAAUAAUUUGCGUAAUGGGUCACUUGAAGCUGAAUACUAUCUGAAAGCUAUUGCUAAUUUGGCCUCGAUGAGGGAUAUAGGUUUUAUUGAUGCCCAGUUCUUUUUGUUGUCAAGGAAUUACAGUGCAAUCAUGAAUCUAAUUGGAUUGCACUACUCAAUUUCAUCACUAAAUAUACCGCCAAAUGAAGUGUAUAAAGCACUUCAAGCUCGGAAAGUGGAGGAAAGGAAAGUGUGUGUGAGCUUAUACAAGCUUGGUAGAUGGUUCUACGGUUUCCGGUUGCCUGAUGAAUCCGAGUCUCAUGAAAUUUCAUUGAGUGAGCUCACCAUGUCAGAGGGGGCAACAAUUCUAGCCAUUCUUAAGCGUGGUGCUGUUCAUGAGGUAUUUCGCCUCCAGGUCAGUUUGGUGGACAUAAAUAAGUAAACUAAAAGCAUGCAAGCCCUAUCAACUUGACCAGCUGUGCGUUUUUGUAAAUAUGUUUACCCUCUUCUGUUUUGAUGUUGAUGCUUUUGUGGCACUCUUCAUGUAAAUGGGAUCAUAGAUAAGGAUGGAAGUUUGAAACCAUCUAGGAUUGUAACUGUUCCUUGAUAGCUCAUAUAUAAUAAAAGUAUUGUGCUGUGUAAAUUAGAAAUACUUUAUAGUGCCAUACUGCUUCCUCAA